UUAUACAUAUUAUGUUGAAUUAUUUUUGUUAGGUUAUUCAUUUCGGCGAACAUUGUUGAAACCCAUGAGCGAUCAAUUUUUGCCAGAUUUGAUUCGCUUGACAAAUAUUUCCGGAUUCGAUAAUAGAUCCAAUGACGUCGUUUACUGCAGACCGUCAACAAACGUCGAAAAUCCAAAUGUUUGCGUAUUUUUCGGAGGAGAUGUACAGGAUUUUACAGAAAACAUGCUUAGUCACAGAGACAACAAAAACCACGUACAAUGGAACUUGGAAAAUACGGCUAAAUUGUUGCAACAUAGCUUUGUUGACAGUCAUAUAGUUGUGGUACGACCAGUAAGGAUGGAAUACCGAACAUUUAGCUGUUACGAAAACUUCGUACAGUGCACACAUUGCGGUGUUCCGGAGCAUUUACCCAUGUACAAUGGUUUGCAGCAUCUGGAAGAACUCUUACACAACGUGUCUGUAAAAAUUCAAAACAUGACAGAGCAGGAGUUAAACGACAGCGUUCAAAUAGCUAAAAAUGGACUUGUCGAUGGAACCAAUUCGCCACAAAAUGCAGCAAAUAUACCCACCAGAAAUACGUUAAAUCUAGACGAAUGUAACGUUACUUUGGUAGGAUUCAGUAAAGGAUGUGUGGUUCUAAAUCAAUUCCUUUACGAAUUUGAUUACUACAGUAGCAACGCUGUGGCUACAAAUUUAAAGAUAAUUCCAAAAAUUCGGGAGAUGUAUUGGUUAGACGGUGGACAUUCCGGGGGUAAAAAUACUUGGAUGACGUCUGCAAAUUUGUUGGAAAGUAUAGCUAAAUUAGGAAUAAGAAUCAUGGUCCACGUGACACCGUAUCAAAUAGAGGACGAACGCCGACCAUGGAUCAAAAAGGAGGAGAAGCUAUUUAGCGAUACGCUGAAAAAAUUGGGGGUACCAAUUCGUAGAAUAGUUCAUUUCGAUGACAUUCCAGCUAGCAUUCAAAAUCAUUUUAACGUCCUUAAUGUUUUCAAGAGCGCUGAUAAUUCGUGA